GCCAGAGCUGCCGCGGCUGACAUUGAGAAACUCUCGCUUUAAUUGACCUAGCAGUCUGUGUAAACCCUCUCUAUCCUUUUGCUUUCCUUUAUCUUCUCCGUCACCUUUUAGCCCCGCCUCCCUCUCCUCUAUUUCUUUCUUGAGGGACAUAUAUUUGGCGAAGUUUCAUGACGUUUCUGUCAAAAUCGAAGACCACGAUCGGUUGCCAUCCCUAUCCUUGAGUAUGAUCUUCGCCUUAGAGAGACCACCGCAAAGUCAUACCAGAUGUUCCGAAUGAGGCAACGGCUCUUUCUUUUUCGAAUACCCUUUCGUGCCAGUCAUUCUUUUUCCAAGAGCGAUGCCAACAACAUAAAUGUUCGCCAUGUGAGAUUUAAACGCCCUUGGUUUAAAAAGUUUGUUACUACAUGUCUGCUAUAUGGGACCGCAUUUCAUAUAUGGGGUUCUUUUGUCCUCGGGGAAUACGAUAAGAUGCUUGAAAGCGCAUCAGAUGAGGCUCUUCCAAAGAAAGACUUUCCAGAAAAGAGCGUUAUGGCCGCUGAACGAACUGUGCGCCGUUCGGAGGAGGCUGCGGCCUCAGAUCCUUUUUUCAUUCCUCUGGGUUGGCCGCGCCUGCGCGAAGGCGAGUUCUAUUCUUCGUCGGACCCGGAGUGGAGAGAGUUCGUUCGUAUCUCUCGGGAUGGCAGGAAGCUCGAGUCGCUGAAAGAUGACCUAGCAACCAUAGCUUUGCGCAAUGCCUCCGCAUCAAACAUACUUCUUCAACUUCUUGGUGGACCGCUGACCAUAACUGGUUUCUGGCUCGUCCACCACUUCCCGUCUCGUGCCCCACCUGAAUAUGCAUUGUCAGGGUUAGAAAUAGCUGAUACUGAAAUCUCGUGGGCUGUGAGACCGGUGUCCUCAGAUACCGGUGAUUGCAUCCGAAAAUGCAUGAAGCCUCUCUUUGUGGCACUUGCUGCAAGAGACGCAUAUCUUAUCUUAAUGAAAAGACAACUUUCACGCAUGGGUUUCCAAGUGUCUGAUAAAAUCCAACUCGGUACUGAUUCACUGGUCAUGCCACCAUCCGGAACCGUGUUUACAGGGCUCAUUGAUGGGUCCACUGGUUAUCACAAAACAGGGUCUCGACUAUCUUUUGCGGAUGAGCCCCACGGGAGAGUAACACAGCAACACCACCCAUGGUUGAAUCCCUCGUCAGUACUAUCCUCCCUUCAAUGGUUACCACUGCCGAAAUUAGGUCCCGAGUCGGAUUUGCGUGCGGCUGCAGUAGCUUUUAAAUGGCGGUUAAAUGAUUGCUGGGCUCGCGAGUUGCGCACUCCCCGCCGCGGCACUUUCUUUAUCGUCGGUCCAGUUGGUCUCAAAGGGCCCAAAGGAUUCUGUAGGGUUGAGGUUCGGGGCGAAUACGAUCCGUUAACUUCUCGAUGGACGCAUGUCUCUAUGCAACUCAAAGACUUGAAUAUAUUCAAGCAGAGAGCUCUUGGUAGCCAAUGAACAGUGUUUGAAAACUUGUCACUCUAGCCAAGACGCUCAUAAAAUUACUUGAGCUGUUAAGCAUGGACUGAGAGUGGUCACGUCGGCCAAUCACAUCCAGACAUGCAGAAAAUGACUCUUGUGACCCAAGGUGUUUAUGAUCUAUACCUAACCUUCCAGAUGAUUAAGGGUCCUCUUCCUUAGAAGCGGGGUGAAGCAUAAUAUUAGGACAGCAAAGGCCUUCGAGGAUUGGUGUCAAGCACACAGCUUGAGCAUAAGUAUCAUAGGAGACCUUGGGAGGACAGCUGUUAGAUAGAUACAGAGUAGU